AUGUCAGUAAGUAGCUCAGUUCCCGAUACAAAGGUACCGGUCGUUUCCAUUUUGAGUUCAACAGAACAUAGUAUUGCUCUGGAAAACAAUGAAUAUGUAGAAUUGUCUAUCAAGCAAGUUUUGAAGAAACAUCCUGUAAAGAGUUUAACUAAGCAAAGAACAAUCUUGUACAUUCUUUGUGUUGGUCUUUACUUCUGUGCCACAAUGAAUGGUUAUGAUGGUAGUUUGCAGACUGCAAUUGAAACUCUACCUGAAUACAAAGAAUAUUUCAAUUUAAAAGAAUCAGCAAGCGAUACUGGAUUAGUAUUCAGUAUCUUUCCAAUAGGCUCAAUAUGCGCAGUUAUUUUUGUUUGGUUAGGUGAUUAUAUUGGUAGGUCUUAUGCUGUGAUCGUUGGACUAUUAGGUACUAUUGUAGGUGGUAUUAUCGUGAGUGCCACUUCAAAUCAUAAAGCUUAUAUUGGUGGAAGAUUUAUUCUCAGCUUUUUUUGCACUAUCACGAUGAGUAAUUCGGCAAUGUUGUUGACAGAAUCUGUCCCUCCUGAUUUGAAGUUUAUCACUGGAUGUUACAAUACAUUUUAUUAUAUAGGAUCAAUAAUUGCUACGUGGACAAUGUAUGGAACUAAGAAAAAUCUUGCAGGUGCCAACACUUUUAAGAUUGGAUUAUGGUUGCAAAUUCUUUGUCCUGGAAUCCUGUUGAUUUGCUUAAUGAUUUGUAAACUUUUCAAAUUUAAUGACUCUCCUAGGUAUCUUUUCUCCAAAAAUAAGAUUCAACAAGCCAGAAAUGUAAUAGUUAAGUAUCAUGCCAAUGGUGACGAGAAUCAUCCGUUAGUUGAGUUGGAAAUGAAACAAAUUGAGUUGUCAUUCCUCGAAAAUGGGUUUUUAAAACCAAAAGACUAUUUGAACUUUUCAAGCUUUUUAAGGACAAAGGCAAAUAGGAAAAGAUCUAUAUUAAUAUUGGCGUGGUCAUGGUUUAACCAAUUUAGUGGAAAUCAAGUUAUUACAUAUUAUAUGACAACUUUAUUCUUAAAUUUAGGGAUUGAAAAUGCUACAACAAGAUUGUUAUUAACGGGUAUAAAUUCAAUUUUAUGUUUUAUAUUUGCGAUCAUGGGAGGGUUACUCAUUGAUAAAUUGCCUAGAAGGUGGGUAUUAUUGUACAGCAAUUCCGGGUUUGUUAUCAGUUUUGCAGUUUUAGCAGGAACCACAAAGGUAUUUCAAUCAGACCCAAACAAUCAUAGGGCUGCUCAAGUUGGAAUUGCUUUUAUAUAUAUAUAUAUGGCGGUUUUUUUUUCCUUCGCAUUUACGCCUUUGCAGCCAGUUUAUCCAACGGAAAUCAUGUCUAACGAAUUGAGAGCAAGAGGAAUGGCCAUCUAUUUUUUAAUAAGCAACAUUGCAUCUUUUGUGAAUUUGUAUAGUGCGCCAAUAGCUAUGCAAAACAUCAAAUAUUGGUAUUACGUAUUUUUUGUAUUUUGGGACUUAUUCCAACUAUUGGUUGUUUACUUAAUAUUUGUCGAAACAUGCGGGUUGACAUUAGAAGAGAUCGAAACAGUAUUCAAAAGCGAUAAUACUUUGAAUGAUAGUAUUCGUUUAUCUAAGAUUGCCAGAGGUAAGCUGGUGUAA